AUGCGCACCACCACACCCCCGCACCUCAACACGCUACCCACCAUCCUAAUCAUCACAGCAAUGCAUCACAUCACACCACUAAGCCUGCGGAGACUCAGAACUUUGCUCACAACACCCACGCACCUAACCACCACACCCAUGCACCUAACCACAACACCCACGCACCACACCACACCCAAGCACCUAACCAUCACACCCACGCACCACACCACACCCACGCACCACACCACACCCAAGCACCUAACCAUCACACCCACGCACCUAACCACCACACCCACGCACCUAACCACCACACCCACGCACCACACCACACCCAAGCACCUAACCACCACACCCACGCACCACAGCACACCCACGCACCACACCAUACCCAAGCACCUAACCAUCACACCCACGCACCACACCACACCCAAGCACCUAACCACCACACCCACGAAAGGAAACAUGAAGGUUCUCAACUUUAGAGAUGAGGCUUCGGUCCCAACAUCCGUGUCAGCCACACAAAGAUAG